AUGAAGCUCCGCGGCCCUGAGGCCCCACAGCCGCGAAGACUCGUCCGCCUCGAAGGCAUCCUCUCAGCUGGCCGGCAGCCGGUCGGCAGAGCGCCUCGCAGGGCUGCUCUGCAGCUCUCCCGAGUCCCAGCGGAGACUGCCCGCCCCGGUCUCCGAGGCGACCGACGGGAGCAGUGUGCUGCUGAGGUUCCACAAUCCAGUACAAUUCAGUUUCUGUGUCUCUCUCACCCCCCAUCCUUUCCUGUUCCAGAUCAUGGAUAUACCACCCUAGCCACAAGUGUGACUCUCUUAAAAGCUUCCGAAGUAGAAGAAAUCCUGGAUGGAAAUGAUGAGAAGUACAAAGCAGUCUCUAUCAGCACUGAACCUCCCACCUACCUUAGGGAACAGAAGGCAAAAAGGAACAGCCAGUGGGUUCCAACCCUUCCAAAUAGUUCCCACCAUCUUGAUGCUGUACCAUGCUCAACAACCAUUAACAGAAACCGCAUGGGCCGAGACAAGAAGAGAACUUUUCCGCUCUGCUUUGAUGACCAUGACCCAGCAGUGAUCCAUGAAAACGCCUCACAGCCAGAGGUGCUGGUCCCAAUCCGACUGGACAUGGAAAUCGAUGGGCAGAAACUGAGAGAUGCUUUUACCUGGAAUAUGAAUGAAAAACUGAUGACUCCAGAAAUGUUUUCAGAGAUUCUCUGUGAUGACUUGGAUUUGAAUCCCCUCACUUUUGUUCCUGCUAUUGCAUCCGCAAUACGACAGCAAAUUGAGUCUUACCCUACAGACAGCAUCCUGGAGGACCAGUCGGAUCAACGUGUCAUCAUUAAGCUCAACAUUCAUGUGGGGAACAUCUCCUUGGUGGACCAAUUUGAGUGGGAUAUGUCUGAGAAGGAGAAUUCCCCUGAGAAGUUUGCCCUGAAGCUGUGCUCAGAGCUUGGACUGGGUGGUGAGUUCGUCACCACUAUCGCUUACAGCAUCCGGGGGCAGCUGAGCUGGCAUCAGAAGACAUAUGCAUUCAGAUCCAAUUCUGCUGGAUGUGGCAGUCCAUAUAGGAUUGAGAACCCCCUGCCAACAGUUGAGAUCGCCAUUCGUAACACUGGGGAUGCUGACCAGUGGUGCCCUCUACUUGAAACCCUCACUGAUGCAGAGAUGGAGAAGAAGAUCCGAGACCAAGACCGAAACACAAGGCGCAUGAGGCGUUUAGCCAACACAGCUCCAGCCUGGUAACCUGUGGAGAGGACCUUCCGCCAUCAGACCGUCUCCCCGAAGUGGGGACUGACCUCCUACUGUGGGCCCUUGGGGCCUGCGGCAAUCCCUGGACUGGCUUGGGAAGCCAGGGGUCCCUUCUGGGGGUCCAGUAAAGACACAUUGUGGCAGCUGUCCAACCCUUCUUUCCCCCUGCCCAAGCAACUUUUUAAAUAAA